AUGCCCGAUAAAUACAUUUUGAAGAGGUGGAAGAAAACUGCGAAAUUUGGAUUGGUGUCAGAUGCAAAUGGCAACGAAAUUAAAGACUCUGCAGAUCCUGGUCUUUUAAUAAAGCGGAGUACAAUGUCCCGACUUGCUUCAGAUGUGGUUGAGGAUGCAUUAAUGUGUGAAGAAGGAUGUGAGCUACUGUCAGAGACUCUAAAAAGUUUGCAGGUGAAGUUGAAGUUGUUGAAGGAUGGACCAAGUAAUAACGAAGUUGGAGGGUCCAGCUCUCAAACACAAUAUAUGAAAGACCCUAAGAGAGUAAGGUGCAAUGGAGGGUCGAAACGAGUAACGGGAGCAAAGGAAAAGGCAAUGAAGCGAGGGAUUAGACACUGUCGGGAGUGUGGACACAUUGGUCAUGAUAGAAGACAAUGCCCAAGAAAUUUGAACACACCGACAUCACCGUCGAACAAUGACGAAUCAACUCCAAUAGAUCUUAGUGACCCAUUAUUUGACGAAUUUUACAGGAUGCACGGACCAACUCAAUGA